AUGUUCUUCAAAUUGAAGUUCACUGUCCGUAAGGGUUUUGACUCUGUACAAAUGCCAGCUGUAUUAGAGGAAGUCUAUAGUAAAAUAUUGGAGAAUAUAUACGAAGAUGGGACAGCAACCAUCACGCUCCAUACAGAAAUCGAUAAAAUAUAUAUCAAAGGUGUUAGGCAGGGCGACAACAUGUCACCCAAACAGUUUGCCUUGAGAAAAAAAAUCAAGAAACUGGAAUGGAACGGAAAGGGCGUCAAAAUGGGGGACAAACACCGAAAUAAUCUGAAAUUUGCUGAUGAUACUGAUUUCUUUAGCGAGUCAUCAAAUGAACUGCAACAACUGAUAAACGAUCUCAAUAUGAACAGGAAAAUGACUGUCAAGUUCAACAGUAGAGACCAGUUCGAGCAGAUACAUGUACAAAGCAAAGUGCUAUAA